AUGGAUGAAAAACCGCGUUUGGUGGAGCCCUCGCCCGCAUCUCGCCGUGCAGCAAAUGUGAUGAUUGUAUUUGGUUUCCCCUGGUACACAAGUGAGUCGCAGAUUAGAGAAUAUCUGCUGCAGAUAUACCCAGCAGCAGCUCCAGUCACCACACGUCUCUAUACAAAUCCAACGAAUGGAACUAGUCGAGGUAUUUGUUUUAUUGAGUAUAAUCAAAAGCAACGUGUGGGAAACAGUAGUAAUACAAAUGAUAAUAAUAAUACUAAUAGUAAUAAUUACAAUAGUACAAUUGGUAAUACGGGUAGCAAUACAAACAUCACGACGAGUGGAGGUUUACUACGUGUUGUGAAGUCCGAGAUCCCAGAAGAGGAUGAGGAUGACAUUCUCACAGUGGUAAGAAAGAAUAUUGAUGGAACCCACUUCACCCGUCAUUAUCUUACCGCCGUUCUUUAUCACUUAACCAAUCAAAGUUGGGAUCGUGGUGGACGUUUGCCAGAGUUACCAACCGAUCCACCUCCCACCCGCGGUGGUGUUGGGGGUGUCGUUGAGGGAUACGGCGAUGAGGGCUUCAUUGUGCGCUGCGGGCCGGUGUUGGGACUUGCAAACACCGUAACGGCCGCUGGGGUGGCGAACAUGCAGGCACUGCGUAAAAGACUGCGGGAAGAGGCGGUCGCCGCUGAGGAAGAAGAAGAAGAAGUGGGAACAGUAAAAGAAGAUGGAGAUGGUGGUGUUGGUGUUGGUGGUGGAAUGAGGACACGAGUAUGA